UUAACAGAGGCAAGCUGUGUUAGUUACGCCAUGCGGUUCGUUGCGUUCGCACUCGCGUUUAUUUUCAUCACCGAUAACGGAGCGGAUGCUAUAGACGAAAACGAACAAAUCGGACUUUGCGCACGACGCUUUUCCGUCGCCAGAAAAUACACCAUUUACGAGCUCGAAGGCAUUUGGUUUCCUCAAUACAGGACAAGAAACAAAUCUAACUUUCAAUAUAAGUGCCACAUCCUUUACGAAACAUCAGGCAAAGAUGACGGAAUUUCCACUUUGGACGUUCACUCCUAUUUUAUGGCCAACGAUACUGUUCGGAAGGCACCUUACUCUGUAUCCUACAGAACUGACCUGGAUAAGGGAUUACUAAUUGAGACGGCGGAUGUCGAAGGUAUCGGGGAGAUUCGCAUUUACAACUUCGUGCUCAAAAGCACAAAACAAUACCGCGUCAGAUACGUAUGCACUGACUAUAUUUACGUCGCAAAAGUCAAUUUCAACAACGUGUACAUCGAAACCCGAAGCAUGAAGCCUGAGUUGGAGGUGAUCAACGAGGCCGUUGGUGUAAUAAGGAAGUCAAAUUUGAGCCACAUUAUUUUGGACAAAAUUGAUCAGAAGAAUUGCAAACGGCCCACAUUCUACAAUGGCUACGAAUGAGAAGAUUAACUUACAUAUGAAACAUUUUUAAGACUAAUUAUAUUUUCAAAAAUAAAAAAUUGUAUGCUGUAUAUCUUUAA